AAUACUGACACUCCUUAAUCCAUGUAGUUUGGCCGUAUUUAGAGGUUGAUGAGGAAGGAUAGGUGUUGCCAUAACAGACUGAUAGAGGUGAGGAGGGUUACACAGGAGAGACAAGCCGGUUCAGAGCGACUGGGUUCAUCUGAGAGAAGGAAGGAGAAGACACAGGGAUACAGACAGAAAACCCAGCAACCCGUUCCAACAAACUCCUACCUGGCUAUGACUGACGUCCUCCCCGGCAGCCAUGCCAGAACUCCAGAGCCAGAGCUCCGCUUGGUCCUCCUAGGGACCAUCGGCUGUGGCAAGACCCUGUCAGGAGACACCCUCCUGGGCCAGUCCUCCUCCGGCUCUCCUUCCUCCUCUAGUUCUUCCCCUAGGCUUUGCCAGCUGAGGCCUGGGGCCUCCGAGGGCCGGAGGUUGACUGUGGUGGAGGCCCCUCGCUGGUACUGGAGCGGGGGCCACAUGGAGGCUGGGGUGAGGAAGGAGACAGAGAGGGCACUUGAGCUGGCUGCCCCGGGGCCACACGCCUUCCUGCUGCUGGUUCCUGUCGGCCAGUUCACCGAGGUGGAGCACAGAGUGCCCGCUGAGCUGGAGGAGGUGUUUGGGGAGGGGGUGUUGAAACACACCCUGGUGCUGUUCACCUGUGGAGACUACCUGAUGGGCCAGGGGGCGGGGCAGUACCUGGAGGGAGAGGACCCUGGGCUCAGGGAGGUGAUUGACAGGUGUGGGGGCCAAUACCACGUCCUCAACAACCGCCGACCGCAGGACAGGGAGCAGGUCAGGGAGCUGCUGGAGAAGGUGGAGAACAUGGUACAAAAGAACAGAGGAUGCUACAUACGACAGAACACCCUGCAGAGAGAGAUGGAAGAACAAGCGAGGGGGAGAGAGAGGGAACUGAAGGAGAAGGUGGAAGAACAAGCGAGGGAGAGAGAGAGGGAACUGAAGGAGAAGGUGGAAGAACAAGCGAGGGAGAGAGAGAGGGAACUGAAGGAGAAGGUGGAAGAACAAGCGAGGGGGAGAGAGAGGGAACUGAAGGAGAAGGUGGAAGAACAAGCGAGGGAGAGAGAGAGGGAACUGAAGGAGAAGGUGGAAGAACAAGCGAGGGAGAGAGAGAGGGAACUGAAGGAGAAGGUGGAAGAACAAGCGAGGGGGAGAGAGAGGGAACUGAAGGAGAAGGUGGAAGAACAAGCGAGGGAGAGAGAGAGGGAACUGAAGAGGUACAAAGUGGAGGAGAAAGAGACUGUGCUGGAAUCUAGACACGUCACAAACACAGAGACACGCAGAUAUUGUGGAAGCCAGAAGAGAGAGGUUACACCUAACUCUGCUAUAGAGAGGAGAAGAGAGGAAGAGAGGGAAGAGAGUGAGGAGAUGGAAAACUGGAAGGAAGAGAUGGAGAAGAUAAAGAAAGAGAGGGAUGAGAUAAUGAAGAGCAGGAAAGAGAAGGAAGAGAUGGAGAGAAAAAUAGAGGAAGAGUGGGAGAAGAGAAGAAAAGAUGAGAUGGAGAAGAGAAGGAAGAGAAGGGGGAGAGAGAGGGAACUGAAGGAGAAGGUGGAAGAACAAGCGAGGGGGAGAGAGAGGGAACUGAAGGAGAAGGUGGAAGAACAAGCGAGGGGGAGAGAGAGGGAACUGAAGGAGAAGGUGGAAGAACAAGAGAGGGGGAGAGAGAGGGAACUGAAGGAGAAGGUGGAAGAACAAGCGAGGGAGAGAGAGAGGGAACUGAAGGAGAAGGUGGAAGAACAAGCGAGGGGGAGAGAGAGGGAACUGAAGGAGAAGGUGGAAGAACAAGCGAGGGAGAGAGAGAGGGAACUGAAGGAGAAGGUGGAAGAACAAGCGAGGGAGAGAGAGAGGGAACUGAAGGAGAAGGUGGAAGAACAAGCGAGGGGGAGAGAGAGGGAACUGAAGGAGAAGGUGGAAGAACAAGCGAGGGAGAGAGAGAGGGAACUGAAGGAGAAGGUGGAAGAACAAGCGAGGGAGAGAGAGAGGGAACUGAAGGAGAAGGUGGAAGAACAAGCGAGGGGGAGAGAGAGGGAACUGAAGGAGAAGGUGGAAGAACAAGCGAGGGGGAGAGAGGGGGAACUGGAAUCUAGACACGUCACCAACACAGAGACACGCAGAUAUUGGGGAAACAGGAAAAGAGAGGUUACACCUAACUCUGCUAUAGAGAGGAGAAGAGAGGAAGAGAGGGAAGAGAUGGAGAGGAAAAGAGAAGAAGAGAUUGAGAGGAGAAGAAGGGAAGAGGGGGAAGAUAUGGAAGAGAAAGUGACUGUGAAACCCUUGGUUAAUUGUCUUCAAUCAACACCAACACAACAGCAGCAGCCAAAAAAGCCCCAGAAUGGUGGUCCAGCACUGUUCACAAGGAUCCCUAGUUUCCAUCUGACUGAAGAGGGCGGUAUACUCUCACAGCUGUCCAAACUCGAAGCAAAACCAGCCCAGAAAGUUGUUAAUACCUUCUCCCACAAAAUCAACAGCAUUGAAGAGAAGACAACCCCCUCCUCCUCCUCCUCCCAGUCAGAGUUGCGUGUGGUUCUGCUGGGUAGGUCAGGGUCAGGGAAGAGUGCAGCAGGUAAUAUCAUACUGGGGCGGGAGGAGUUUGUGUCUCGACCAGACAUUACCACAGCCGUCACUCAGGACUGUCAGAAGAGCAGGGCCCUCGUUGCCGGGAGACGGGUGGCAGUGGUGGACACUCCAGACUGGUUCCGCUCCGAGCACCCUCCCGAUGUGGUCCGUUCCAAGCUGUCGUCCUGUGUGGCCCUCUCGGCCCCUGGCCCCCACGCCUUCAUCCUCUGUGUCCCUGUAGACCAACCAGCCCAGGCAGAGCUACAGGCUCUAGGGGCCCUAGAGAAAGUCUUUGGUCCCGGGGCGGUCCGGACCCACACCCUGGUCCUCUUCACUCACUCCGAUCGGUUGAAGGAGAGCGGGAAAGUGGGAGUGGAAGGUGUGGAGAAGUAUAUCUCCAGCCAGAGGAGAGAUUUGUUAGAGUUGGUUAAACGAUGUGGGGAUCGGUAUCAUGUGAUGGAGAGAGGGAGCGGAGGAGAAGAGGAGGAGGAGAGGAAGAGGAGGAGUGUGGGGGAGUUAUUGGAGAAGGUGGAGCAGACGGUGAGAGAGGGAGGAGGAGAGUGUUUCUCCUGUCCACUCUUCCAGGAGGCGGAGGAUAGGGUGAGACAGAGACAGGAGGAGAUAGUGAGGGAGAGGAGGGGAAGAGGAGAGGAGGUGAAGAGACAAGCGCUUCAUUCCUACUCCAUGCAGCCCUUGAGAGAGACAGAGGAAGAUGAGGAGGAGAACGAGAGAACGAGAGAGGAGGCAGAGAAGAGUGUGAGCGCCCUUGAAUUGGAAAAUCUUCCCUCGCUCUCGUCCUCUUCUGCAUGGUAUUCGUCACUCCUUCGCUCGGUGUGGGAGAAGGUGGGGGCGGGAGCGAGUAAGGUCCCCAAGCUGACGGCUGGAGGUGCGCUGCUGGGUGGGGUGGUGGGCGUGUUCUUUGGAGGGCCCAUAGGGGGAGCUAUAGGGGCCACUGCUGGAUCUGUGGUCACUGAGGUGGGGAGAAGGAGGUUUAGCCAGACAAAGAACUCAGCAGAAGAGACAGAUGCCACAGGGAGAAUAGAAGGAGAAAUCUUGGACAAGGUGUUGAAAACAGAGUGAGAGAGUCAGAUCCACACACGUUGAUAUGGAUGUACAGUACAGCAUGUUAUGAGAGAUUAUUUGAUAGGUUUCUACCUAUGAUAUAUAUCCACCUGUGACCGCGCAGACGUUGUAUAUAUCUGUGAUUAUAAACUGGGUUGGUCGAGCCCUGAAUGAUGAUUGGCUGACAGCUGUGGUAUAUCAGACAGUAUACCACAGGUAUGACAAACAUGUAUUUUUACUGCUCUAAUUACGUUGGUAACCAGUUAAUAAUAGCAAUAAGGCACCUCGGGGGUUUGUGAUAUAUGGCCAAUAUACCAUGGCUAUAUACCACGUUGCGUGGUGCCUAAGAACAGCCCUUAGCCAUGGUAUAUUUUCCAUAUACCACACCCCCUCGGGCCUUAUUGCUUAAACAUAAUGUUGGUAACAUUGUACAACAUAUACUGAUGUUUAAGUUGUUUUGCGGCAAAUACCGGUUCUCAUUGACUACUUCAAUGUUUUGUUGUAUUUCUUUUCCAGCUAUUACAAUUAUGACUUUUUAAAUAACUCACAUGUGCUACGUCAUUAUUAUUCAAAUGACAUUCAGCAUGUUUUCUUUAAAUGUUAAACUACUAUUGUGCAUAUAGUUAAUCGGUUUAUUAAUGCUAAUAAAACACAUUGCAUGAUAAUAUCAUUCAGUUGGGUUUGAAGGCCUACAAUAUGUAAAGUUGGUCCUGAAAAUAUGUAAUAAAACCCAGAGGGGAGGCAGAGGCAAGGGGGUAUUAUCUCCAUGUCCCAGACUGCUUUGCCUCACCCUUCAGGCCUCUUGUAUCAGUAGGACUGGAUAGAGCAGGUCUAGGACACCAGCCCCUACCACACCAAACACCUCUCCUCUGUGUGAUCUGAUCCUCAGGGGCCUCCGUAGUUCACCCUACCAGCUCUCACAGUCUCACGUCAGAAUUAGACGUUCAUCCAUGUUUCUCAAACAUCACAUUUCAAAGUGUUUGAGGUUGUUUAGGCGUUAACUCCAAAUUCUUAAGGUUAGUCAUUCAUCCUGAAUGGUUCAUGCAACGAUUAAGGUUAGUCAUUCAUCCUGAAUGGUUCAUUCAACGAUUAAGGUUAGUCAUUCAUCCUGAAUGGUUCAUGCAACGAUUAAGGUUUGGCAUAGGCUUAAAACAAAAUAUCAAAAACAACUUUAUAUCACUGGAUUCGAAGAUGCAACCUUUGACCCUUUGGAACCACAGGCAGAUGCUUAUGCUCAUCUACAAUGCCCUAGAAAAGCCAAAACCUACUUUACGGUAACAGCUGUUGGGCGGCACGGAGGGAGCCGGCCGUGGAGCGCACCACUGUUGGCCUGCACGGAGGGAGCCAGGGCCAGGUUGGCACGUCAGAGAUGGAGGCUAGAGGCAGAGGCAAUAAGGUUAUGUAACCAGUCCUUCCUGUUGUGUCAGAACGACCGGGUGUGGUGGGGGGUCUGAGAGAGAGAAAGGGAGAGGGAACGAGGGCCUUUGUGGCUGAUUUUCUCUUAUUUCCGCCUCUUUUUUUUGCCCUUCCCUCCCCACUUCCAUGCAUGUAGCGGUUGAUUGCACCACAGUAUCCCCAUCAGGCAACUUAAUGGCUGUAGAUCAGACAGCACUAACUGUAGAGCCAUUUCCUGGCCACCUGAUAGCUGGAGACACGCAGCCAACCUGGGGGAAAGGGUUGAGGGGGACACCAACUAGGGCUGAGGGGGACACCAACUAGGGCUGGGAGAUAUCGUCAACAUUUUUGACGGUAUGAUGGCAUUUGACAGUAUUUAAUGUUUUUUUAUAAUAAAAGUUCUAAAUAUGCUUCAUGAGUAGUGCAGGACCGUAGGUAGGGUGGUUUCAACGGGGCUUUCUCUUCUGAUUGCUUUAUACUGUUCAAACUUCAUCCUAACAUUAUUUUCAGCAUUUUCAUCCAUUUCUGCGUUUUCUUCACUCGUGUACCACUUUAUCAUCUCUCCUCGCUGUACCACUUUAUCAUCUCUCCUCGCCGUACCACUUUAUCAUCUCUCCUCGCUGUACCACUUUAUCAUCUUUCCUCGCCGUACCACUUUAUCAUCUCUCCUCGCCGUACCACUUUAUCAUCUCUCCUCGCUGUACCACUUUAUCAUCUUUCCUCGCCGUACCACUUUAUCAUCUCUCCUCGCUGUACCACUUUAUCAUCUUUCCUCGCCGUACCACUUUAUCAUCUCUCCUCGCCGUACCACUUUAUAAUCUCUCCUCGCUGUAC